AUGACAACUACUCCCACAUUUCGCCUUAACCAUCCACAGCUCGGCAGCCUUACUGGCCGACUGGUCGAUCAACAUCAUGCUGAUGGACAACUUGUGACUGACCCCGUCGUGCAUUUCCGUUCCAUUCCCUAUGCCACUAUCCCGGCUCGUUUCUGUCAGAGCAUACUGCUCGAUCAUAUCCCAGAUCACUUUGAUAACCGUCCUCAUGGCGACUUCACACAGUAUGGUGCUGCGUGUCCACAGGUGCCACAGCCUACGGGCAGAGGUAGCGCGACAGGAGGAUUCGUGCCUGGUGAGGAGCCAACCAUCUAUGAUGAACAAGCAUGUCUCAACUUGACUAUAUCGACACCUGCAACUAAUGUCCUCGAGGAAACCAGCCCAUCAGUCCCCAAAAGGCUGCUCCCAGUUCUGGUGUAUGUGCAUGGUGGUGGUUUCAUUGAAGGAAAGGGUCAUGUCAGCGCUCUACAUGACACAACAAAGAUGACUGAGCUGGCGGCUCAUGAGACCAUGGAUGUGGUGAUUGUGUCGAUAGGAUACCGGUUGAAUUGGCAGGGUUUCACCGCCUGCUAUGAUCUACUUAACGAAGCCAGGGAGAAUGGCGAGCCUGCAUUCAAUUACGGGAUGCGAGACCAACGCACCAGUUUCCUUUGGAUCCAGAAAUACAUCGCAGGAUUUGGCGGUGACCCAAGUAACAUCACGGCAUUCGGUGAGUCAGGUGGAGCAGCCUCGAUCUACAUGCACGCCUGUUCAGACUUGCCUCUGUUCAACCGAGUCAUCAUCCAGAGUGGCUCGCCCAGUGUCGUAGGUAUCUGGACACUCGAAGAGUGCGAUGCAUACUAUCACCGUCUGCUAUCAUAUCUGGGCAUCGCGGAAGCGACGCGGGCAGGGCGUCUCAAAGCCCUCCGUGAGGUGCCAGUGUCGCGGUUGGUUGAGUUUAUUCGUGACAACAAUAUAAGGACAAUGAAGCCCUACCUUGGCCCAGAGAGUGGGUUCUUCCCUCAGCAGCCCUUUUGGUCCAAUCAAGGCGAGAUGUUGGCCAACUGCCCAUGGAUCGAUGAGAUCAUGAUUGGGGACGACUCAUGUGAGGGACUUGGACUUGUACUGGCGCUGAAGGGCAUCUCUGUUAGUCCGUACAUUGCAAGAGUACGCUCCAUCCUCGGUGACAAAUCAGCACGCCGUGUGCUGGACGCGUACGAGAUACAUGAUGGUAUGGAUGAGGGCCUCUUCUGGCAGCAUGCGAUGGUUCUAAUAGGAGACCUGAUCUUUUCUGAACCGACGCACUCAACAGCCAUCUCGGUAGCUAAGAGUGGCCGGAAGCGUUUAUAUCGCUGGCAGUUUGGUCUACCAAAUCCUUUCCCCGGGUCGCCUUUCUCAUACGCGGUGGGACAUCAUUUUGUCGAACUCAUGUACCAGUUCAUGACACUUGCUGGGCGUCUCCCUACGCACCGCAACCAUUUCCUACGGCGUCAAGGGGAGGAGAUGGCGCGCAGUUGGAUUCGGUUUGCUAAUGGACUCCCGCCAAUGCCUGGUGCGAAGCCAUAUGAUCUAAAAGAGGGCAGCAUCAUGGUCUGUGAUAUGCUGCAGGGGUGGACAGUGCGGACUAGAGCGGAGGAUGAAGAGAUCAGCCGGAAUGACCCGUGGGGACCCCGGCGGUACCGUCAGUGGGAAGUCUUGAGUGAGGAGUUCAGAAGAGCCGGACACUCCGAGGAUGGGGUUCAGUUACAAAAUGAAAGGAUUGAGGCGAGGAGAAAGGUGUUGCUAUUAUAG